AUGAAUCAAGGAUUAGCAAUGGAUGAUUUAGAUAUGUUAUUGGCAGAUUUGGGUAGACCCAAGUCUGGAUUGAAAACACCAACAGCAACUGUCAGUGUCACUGUCAAACCAGCAGACAGUGGAUCAAAAGUUAAUUUGAAUGAAAUUGAAUCGUUGAUGGCAGAUCUUCAGACAAGUGGUAAUCCAACUCCAGUUCCAAAGUCGGAACCAGUUUCAUAUAGCACCUCAUCAACACAUGAUCAUCAUCAUCACCAUCAUAACAAUAAUAAUAGCAGUGCUCAACAACAAGCUCUCGAUACAUCAGAUGAUUUGGAUGCUUUGAUGGAGUCACUCAACUCGUCGAUUUCCACCGCGCUCAAGAGCAGCAGCGAAAUUCCAAAGCCUGCCGCUCAGGCAACCACUACCACCUCAUAUACCAGCAGUGCCAAACCAUCGAGCACUCCAUCCACACCCGUCAAAUAUACAUCAACUGCCACCGUUGUCACAAAGAAACAGCCAUUGCAAGUAUCAAAGGCAGUAUUGGAAACCAAAGCACCUGCCAACCAACCAGCUGCCGCUUCACUCAGUACCGACGAUCUCGAUGAACUUCUCAAGAAUUUGAAUCCACAACAACCGGUUGUCGAUCACAAACAGACUCCAGCUCCAGCCAUUCCACCAACUACCGUCUCUGCCUCUGUCAGCAUUCAACACACUCAUCAACCAGCAGCAGCUCACAACAAUCACAAUCACAAUCAUCACCACGAUCACGAUCACGAUCAUCACAAUCACCACAGUCACCAUCACCACCACAAUCACAGCGCAUCACCAGCAGCACCAAGACAACAAGAAGCUACCUCACAAAAAUCAAAGGUAUUGGCCGGUGACGAUCUCGAUAAUCUCUUGAGUAACCUCACCAGUCAGAUGAACGAAAUCGACUCAUCCGGUCCAACUCCACGUGGAAUCUGUGGUGGAUGUCGUAAGCCAAUUCUCGGUGAGACCAUCCAAGCCAUGGGCAAGCUUUUCCAUCCAGAGCAUUUCCAAUGUCACAACUGCCAGAACCCCAUUGGAACCAAGAAUUUCUACGAACAGGAAGGUAUUCCCCACUGCGAGAAGUGCUACCAAGAGUUGUUCUGUGCACGUUGCGCACACUGUGACGACGCCAUCACCGAUCGUUGCAUCACCGCGCUCGGAAAGAAGUGGCACGUCCACCACUUUGUCUGUACCCAGUGUUUGAAGCCAUUCGAGGGAGGUAACUUCUUUGAGCGUGAAGGUCGUCCCUACUGUGAAACCGAUUUCUACUCGACAUUCGCUGCACGUUGCGGUGGAUGCAACCAACCGAUUCGUGGUGAGUGCAUCAACGCACUCGGAACCCAGUGGCAUCCAGAGCAUUUCGUCUGCCAAUACUGUCAAAAGAGUUUUGCCAGUGGAACCUUUUUCGAGUUUGGUGGUAAGCCAUACUGUGACAUCCAUUAUCACCAACAGGCUGGUUCUGUCUGCUCCGGUUGCGGUAAGGCCGUGUCCGGUCGUUGCGUAGAUGCACUCGACAAGAAAUGGCAUCCAGAGCAUUUCGUUUGCGCUUUUUGUAUGAACCCAUUGGCAGGUGGAUCCUAUACCGCCAACAAUGGUAAACCAUACUGUAAAGUAUGUCACUCUAAAUUAUUUGGUUAA